AUGCAUAUAUCAACCCGCCUGUUUGCCCUCGCAUCCGUCUUCUUUCCCCUCUUGUUCUCGUUCAUUUUCUACCGCUACCAUCAUCAUCACCACCACCACCAGCAGCAGCAUCAAGACAUCCCGCAAGCCGAGCCCAUGAACAUUGCCACCGCCAUGUCGACCGCCAAACCAUCUACCAUCGCCAUCGUCGGCGGCUCGUACGUCGGCAUGCGACUCGCACAGGCGCUCAUCCCCGUCCUGCCCGCCUCGCACCGCGUCGUUGUUGUCGAGGCCAACUCGCACUUCCACCACCUGUUCACCUUCCCGCGCUUCGCCGUGCUGCACCGCGGCGGCGAAGAAAAGGCGCUCAUCCCGUACACGCACACGUUUGAGGCGGCCAGGGACAAGGCGAGCAUCGUGCACGCCCGGGCACUCUCGGUGCACGCUGCGCCAGAGGGCGCCGGUAAGGGAUGGUUGCAGCUCGACCGCGCGUCGGAGGGCGGGAAGGAUAGGCUGGAGUUUGACUUCCUGGCGAUUGCGACGGGGACGCAGCUGUGCCAGCCGUGGUCGCUGCCCUCGACGCACACGGAUGGGGUGCAGGCGAAGAAGCAGGCGGUCGAGACGCUGCGCAGGUACCAGGACGCGGUGAAGGAGGCGCAGCGCAUCGUCAUCGUGGGUGGCGGUGCGGUGGGGGUGCAGGUGGCGUGCGACAUUUCGGAGCUCUACCCUGCCGCUACGGGCAAGAAGGUGACGCUGCUGCACAGCCGCGAGCGCGUGAUGAACAAGUUCCACCCGGAGCUGCACGCCAUUGUCGCCAAGCGCUUCGCUGAGCGCGGGGUAUCGACCCACCUCGGCAGCCGUGUCGUGAUCCCCGCCGGCGGCUUCCCCUCGUUCGCGCCCGGCCAGACGUUCGACGUCGAACUGCAGAACGGCACCAAGGUGCCCGCAGACCUCGUGCUCAUGUGUACCGGCCAAACGCCGCACUCGGCGCUGCUCGCCUCGUUCGCCCCGCACGCCCUCUCGCCCGACGGCUUCAUCAACGUCCUCCCCACCAUGCAGAUCGACUUCGCAUCCUCUGCACCCUCCCCGCUCGCACAAAGAAUGUUCGCGCUCGGCGACAUCGCCAACUCGGGCGCCAGCAAAACCGUCCGCGCCGCCAUGGGCCAGAUCGACACCAUCACCUCCAACAUACUCGCCCUCAUCCAGGGCGACACGCCCAAGGCGCACUUCACCCCGGGCCCCUCGGGCAUCCACCUCAGUCUGGGACUGUACGAGAGCAUCGUCUUCCGCAACCCGGCCAACGAGGGCGACGCGCCAGCAGGCAGCGGGAUCAAGCGGGACCUCAAGCUCGACAUGGGCAUCGAGGACACGUGGAGCAAGUGGAACGUUCCGCAGGGCACGCCUUGGCAUUUGUGA